CGUAACAGUCGGAUCGUUUCCGCAACGGAACAGAUGCAGAACAACACCCCGUUUAAGCUGUGGGGUGGCCGCUACUCCAAAGCUACAGACCAUGUCCUGUCGAAGGUGAACAACUCACUCACGGUAGACAAGCGGCUGUACUCGGAGGACAUCGAUGGAAGUAUUGCGUACGCCAAAAGUCUCGCCGAUGCUGGACUGCUGACGCAGAGCGAGUUUAAGGUGAUCGUGUACGGGUUGGACGCGAUACGGGACGAGUGGAGCAAGGGUACGAUCAAGCUGCUGCCCCGCGAUGAAGACGUCCACACGGUGAACGAGCGUCGAUUGUUUGAGAUUAUUGGACCACAGAUUGCCGGAAAGCUGCAUACGGGCCGGAGCCGUAAUGAGCAGGUCGUGGUAGAUAUGAAGCUGUGGAUGCGGAACGCUAUUGCCGAUCUGCAGCGGCUGCUGCUGGAGUUGGUACGCUCGAUCAAUGAUGUGGCUGACCGGCAUAUUGAUGUGCUGAUGCCGGGCUACACUCACAUGCAACGGGCCCAACCGGUCCGAUUUAGCCACUGGUUGCUGAGCUACGCGUUCUACUUCAAGGAAGACUUCGACCGGUUUGAAGAGUUUGGACGGCGUAUGAAUGUGUUACCGUUGGGUAGUGGUGCGUUGGCCGGCAAUCCGUUCAACAUUAACCGCCACAAGUUGGCGGCGGACCUCGGAUUUGAUGGUGUAUCACACAACAGCAUGAACGUGGUGAGCGAUCGCGAUUUCGUGGUAGAGUUUAACUUUCUGUGCACGCUGGUGGCGGUCCACAUGAGCCGGCUGGCGGAAGAUCUGAUCCUGUACUCGACCAAGGAGUACAACUUUAUCGAGCUGUCGGAGGAGUACACGACCGGCAGCAGCUUGAUGCCGCAAAAACGCAACCCGGACAGUUUGGAGCUGAUCCGUGGUAUUACGGGUCCGGUCUUUGGGCAGCACUGUGCCAUCCUGAUGACGCUCAAGGGUCUGCCGUCGACGUACAACAAGGAUCUGCAGUGUGACAAGAGUGGCAUGUUCGGGGUGUACGAUCAGAUGCAGAUGUGUUUGGUGCUGAUCGGUGGCAUCAUCCAAACGAUGCGUGUGGAUGAGGAUCGCUGUCUUAGCUCGCUUGGGUACGAGAUGCUCGCGACGGAUAUGGCUUACUAUCUCGUGCGCCGUGGCAUCCCAUUCCGGGAGGCACAUCACAUAUCGGGUGAGGUGGUCGCGCACUCGGAGAAGGUAAAGAUCCCGAUCAACAAGCUAACGCUGGAAGAUUUGCAGGAGAUUAGUCCACACUUUGACGAGACGAUCAGCCGCAUCUGGAACUACGAAAAUAGUGUGGAGCAGUAUACGGUCGUUGGUGGUACGUCGCGUCUCUCGGUGCAGGAACAGAUCCGCGUACUGCGAGCAUUCGUCGAUGGGCAUGCGCUGUAAGGUGUGUGC